CUUGAAACCUGCUGGCGCAUCUGGCCGGCGAUGAGCAUGGCAAGUCGGAGAGUGGUCUACAACAGUAGGCCUUUCGUAUCCUGGCCAUGGUCUCAGUCGGCCCGGCAGCCAACCUUUUGUUGUUCUCUGCGGCUUCAGAGUCGACGUUCAUUCCAGACGGAGUCUAAAUCCAGGUCUAAUGUCCCCGACUUUGCCUUUGCAUUUGAUAUAGACGGUGUUCUUAUCCGUAGCGCCAGACCCAUCACGCACGCCUCCACGACCCUUCAAUACCUUCAGAAGCACUCGAUCCCUUUUAUCCUCCUCACCAACGGCGGCGGUAAACAUGAAUCUGAACGGGUGGCCGACCUUUCGUCCCGACUGUCCCUCUCGCUCUCCACGUCCAUGUUCAUCCAGUCGCACACGCCGUUUGCGGAAUUGACCCACGGCCAGGACAGUCUGCGCGACAAAUGUAUCCUGGUCAUGGGCGGAGAGGGACCUCGGUGCCGCGACGUCGCCGAGGCGUACGGCUUCACCAACGUCGUGACUCCCGGGGACAUAUACGCCGCGUACCCGGAGAUAUGGCCCUUUAGUGCCCCUUUCAAGGACCACUACUACAACAAAUUCGCACGGCCGUUGCCCAAACCGAUCAACCCGGAGGACCCCGAAGGAAGUCUCAAGAUCGACGCGGUUUUUGUGUACAAUGACCCCCGCGACUGGGGCUUGGACGCGCAGAUUCUCAUGGACGUCAUGCUCUCGUCUCGCGGCAUCGUGGGCACGUACUCCGCCAAAAACGGCGACACCUCUCUACCCAACAGCGGGUAUCUACAAGACGGCCAGCCGAGGCUCUACUUUUCGAACCCGGACCUCCUCUGGGCGGCGGACUACCCUCUGUCGCGCCUGGGACAGGGCGGGUUCCGUGCCGCGGUCGAUGGGUUGUGGAGGGCCCUCACGAAGAGCAAACACCACCCCACCCCGAAGCUGUACAAGAAGGUGUUGGGCAAACCGUUCCGGGAGACGUACGAGUACGCGGAGAAACAGCUACUCCGCCACCGCGACGCCAUCUUCAAAGGUCAUAACCAACAAGUUGUCCCGCCGUUGAAGAGGGUGUACAUGGUCGGGGACAACCCGGAGAGCGACAUCCGCGGCGCAAACAGUUUCGAGUCUCCUCGCGGAGUGGAAUGGAUCAGUCUCUUGACCCGGACGGGCGUGUACAAGGACCGCGAUGGACAACGACCUACGUGGGAACCCAGGGCGAUAGUGGAUGAUGUCAAGGCCGCUGUACAGUAUGCUCUCGAGGAUAGUAAAUGGCCUGAACAUUUAGACUGAGUAGAUACCUACCCCCUUAGAGUAUCAAAUAGAGUCGGUAUUACAGUAGUAGACUUGACUGAAUCGAUGAACACCCCCCCAAAUAUAAA